UUGUUAAAAGAAAAAGAUCCUUUAGCUAAUUUAGAUAAAUUAAGAGGUUAUACUUUAAUUAGUAAACCUAAAUAUGAAAUAAGAGUAACUAAAAUUAAAAAUUCUAAAUUUGCUAAAAAUAUUAAUAAAAUCAAAAUAUCUGGUGCUGAUAUAUUUAAAAAAGAAUCAGAACUUGAUAAAUUAUUAGCUA